AUGGAGAGAGGACAGUCCACAACAUCAACACUACGUUGCCUAAGGGCACCACUACCAUCCGGAAUGUCCACCGCUGGUUCGAUCGCUUUGCAAGAGAUGACAUCAACCGCGAAGACAAGCGCCGACCCCACACUGUGGGAGAUGGAAAUGCUGUACUAUGAGCCACUCUGUGGCGACUCGCUUCGCUUCUCUCGAUCAAAAUUGGCCGGUAGCACUGCUUUGCCGCGCUCGGUAGCCGAAUGCGCCCGCUCUUCCCAGCGAGCUGCCGUGUAG